AUGGAAAUUAUAGACCAGCAUGUCAAAGCUGUUGUGAGUUGCCAAGCAAGAAACCGAACUGAAGAGAGGGUAGAAGUGUUGUUAACUGGAGUUGUUCCUGGUCAGACAGCUAUGACCGUAUCAAGUCCUGAUGUGAAAUUCACAGAAAAGGUCGGCCAUAUACAAGAAGAAGUUCAAGUCAGCAACGGUCUCAGCACUACAGAUGAAUUUUUGUAUGAAAUUAGGUAUGAUUCUGAAGAAUCAAGAUCCCAGCUGGAACCAUCUGUGGGAAUUGAACUUGUUAGGAAAGAGCGUGAUACACCAUCUGGGAUUGUCACUUUAAUUUUCAACAUCAUUUUUGCACCCAACAAGUCAAUGAGGCAUUCUGCCACAUUAGUUGUAAAGUGUGUCACAGGAGGGAUAUGGAAGUUCCCCAUACAGUUUGUUGCCACUGAAUCGAAUGUGGAUGAUAUUAUUGAGAUUGAAGCAGCUGGUCUAAACAAAGAGUCUGUUGUUGGCUUCCGACUGUCCAGUCAGACAAGGUAUCCAGAGCCAUUCAGCGCAUAUUUUUUACCAGGCAGUGACUUGGAGUUUUCUGUAUUUCCACAAACUGGAGAAUUAAUGCCAAUUGGAACUUCUGGGACUCUAAUUACUGUUGGAUUUAUGCCUUCAAUGUACAGUAGAAAACACAAAGCUACUUUAGUAGUUCAGACCUCAGCCAUGGAAUGGACCUAUGAAAUCAAUGGUGUUGCCCCAAAGACCACUCCACCAACAAAUGUUUCCUCCAGAAUAUGUUCCAUGGGUAUCAAGCAACCAACAGCAACUCAAAAACGUAAUUUCUUACGUGAAAAUCUCAAACUAACAACAACAGCUGUGUCUUCACCUAUCAAAGGGGUGUCUUUGACAUUAAGAACAAAGUAA